UAGGGCAUUGGAAGCAUCACAAUAGAUUAGGGUUAAGAAAAGAAGAUUGAGGAAAAUAUCUGUUAAAAAUCAAUUACAAAACAGAAUCACACAGAUUCACAAUCGUAGAUUAAUAGUCUAAUAGAAAAGACUACAGAAAAUGACAUCCAUUAUAAAGCUUCACGCUAUUUCUGGGGCAAUGGAUGAAUCCCCGCCUUGUUACAUAUUACAAGUUGAUGAAUUAAGAAUAUUAUUAGAUUGUGGGUGGGACGAAAAGUUUGAUCAAGAUUUUAUAAGAGAACUAAAAAGACAUGUCAAUCAGAUAGAUGCUGUGUUGCUCUCCUAUCCGGAUCCAUUACACUUGGGUGCAUUACCAUACUUAGUAGGCAAAUGUGGCCUGAAUUGUGCUAUAUAUGCCACUAUACCUGUUUACAAAAUGGGCCAAAUGUUUAUGUAUGACAUGUAUCAGUCACGGCAUAACAUGGAAGAUUUUGAUUUAUUUACAUUGGAUGAUGUUGAUGCUGCAUUUGAUAAGAUUGUGCAGUUAAAAUACAAUCAAAGCAUAUCACUGAAAGGUAAAGGCUAUGGUGUCACUUUGACACCUUUGCCAGCUGGACAUAUGAUUGGUGGAACAAUUUGGAAAGUUGUAAAAGUUGGAGAGGAAGAUAUAAUAUAUGCAGUAGAUUUCAAUCAUAAAAAAGAGCGUCAUUUAAAUGGCUGCGAAUUAGACAGACUACAAAGGCCAUCACUGUUAAUAACUGAUGCAUUUAAUGCCACAUAUCAGCAAGCCAGACGAAGGACAAGAGAUGAGAAGUUAAUGACCAAUAUCUUGCAAACAUUGCGAGGUGGUGGCAAUGUACUGGUCAGUGUAGAUACUGCUGGUCGCGUACUAGAAUUAGCACAUAUGUUGGAUCAGUUAUGGCGCAACAAAGAAUCAGGAUUACUUGCUUACUCAUUAGCUCUUCUCAAUAACGUUAGCUACAACGUUGUGGAGUUUGCAAAAUCGCAGAUCGAAUGGAUGAGUGAUAAGUUGAUGAGAAGUUUUGAAGGCGCGCGUAACAAUCCAUUCCAAUUCAAACAUUUGCAACUUUGUCACAGUAUGAUGGAAUUGAAUCAAGUUCCGAGUCCGAAGGUGGUGCUCGCGAGCACUCCGGACAUGGAAUGUGGAUUUUCUCGCGAAUUGUUUCUCCAGUGGUGCAGUAAUCCGCAAAACAGUAUCAUCUUAACGAGCAGAACAUCUCCGGGUACACUCGCCCGAGAUUUGGUGGAAAGAGGUGGAAAUCGCACUAUUGUACUGGACAUAAGGAGACGCGUGAAACUCGAGGGUACUGAACUGGAGAACUACCAAAAAAAAGAGAAGCAGAAACAGGAGCAGAUAAAACAGGAGCAAAUGGAAACUGCUGACAUAAGUUCCGAGUCGGAAGACGAGAUAGAAGUCGGCGGUGCGAGAGGAAAGCAUGAUUUACUGGUGAAGCAAGAAAGUAAGCCGGGUUUUUUUAAACAAAGUAAAAAGCAGCAUCCCAUGUUUCCAUUUGUGGAGGAAAAAAUCAAAGUAGACGAAUACGGUGAAAUCAUAAAGCCGGAAGAUUACAAAAUAGCAGAAACUAUACCUGAAGUAGAGGACAAUAAAGAAAAUGCAGAUAUGAAACAAGAAGAAACCAAUCAUCAUCCGGAAAUCGCUCUUGAUAUACCAACCAAAUGUGUACAGAUUUCUCGUACGAUAAAUGUAAACGCGUCUGUUACGUAUAUCGAUUUCGAAGGCAGAUCCGACGGAGAAUCGCUGCAGAAGAUCUUGACGCAGCUAAGACCGAGGAGAGUGGUCUUGGUCCGAGGCUCGCCUAAAGACACGGAAAUAUUAGCGCAACAGGCACAGAGCGCUGGCGCGAGAGUAUUUAUUCCGGGCAGAGGAGAGACACUGGACGCCACAACGGAAACACAUAUUUAUCAAGUGCGUUUAACCGAUGCUCUGGUCAGUGGAUUGAAUUUCUCGAAGGGUAAGGGCGAUUCCGAGGUAGCGUGGAUUGACGCUAUGAUAACGGCACGCGAUCAAAUUUGUCCGGACGCCGUUGCCGACACCGAAUCCGAAAAGAUUGACGAGAGCGACAAAAUACUGACGCUGGAACCCUUGCCAUUGAACGAGGUUCCAGGCCAUCAAACAACGUUCAUAAAUGAAUUGAAACUGUCCGAUUUCAAGCAGAUCUUAAAUAAAAGUAACAUUCCGUCGGAAUUUAGCGGAGGAGUAUUGUGGUGUUGCAACAACACCAUCGCCGUCAGAAGGCACGAAGCGGGUAAGGUAAUAUUGGAAGGUUGUAUUUCUGAGGACUAUUACAAAGUACGAGAAUUAUUAUACGAACAAUAUGCAAUUGUAUAAAUUAUUGAGUAGUGUGUGUGUGCGUUUCUGUAUAUAAUAUAUUUUGUAUACAAUAUUAUAUAAAAAUAGAGAAAAGGAAAGAUUUCUUUAUAUAUGCGCACUCUCUGGACUUCUCUUUACAUUUACUUUAUAAAAUGUUAUUUUUAUAUGAUAAUGAUUUUUUA